UCUUUGCUUUUAUUCCAUCCCUCCUCCUUUCUAAAAAAAUUCCAAGAAAAAAGUUCCAUGUUUUUCCUUUUAUUGGUGGAAUUUUAGCUGGAAAAAUGGCAUUUUUCUCUACUUUUUUGUCUCUUUAUUGGCGGGGAGUUUGUCGCGGUUUGCUUUUAUUUUGUGGCCUUUCGGUUUGCUGUCGCUACCUGUGGUUCCAGCCGAAUUUUGGUUGUCGACGUCAGCUUCGUGGAAUCAUUAUUUUUUAGAGAGAGUGGAGAUCUGGGGAGGAGAGGGGAAAAGAUCCUACCUUUUGGUUGCUUCUGUCUUUCGGCUGUCCUCAAAACCCAUCUCGGAUCGAUCGCUUCUCUUUGUUUGUUCGCCGGCUUUUUUUGGGAAGAAUUCACAAGAUUGGAUAUUUGGUUUCAUCAACUUGGAAGUAGAGAGUUUGAUAAUUUCUCAUCUUGCAUGACCGGCAAGAAUUCCACUUAACCAUCUUGCAGACACUCCAGGAAUGGCUGCAACUCCUAUUUCGGAACGGAGAAAUUCUCGCCGGUUCUCGUCUGUUUUAUCUUCAGCUGUACUUGAAUGGUUGUUAAUGCUUCUAUUGUUCCUUGAUGCAUUAUAUUCUUACCUGGUGACAAAAUUUGCUCGUCUUUGCAAAUUGCAAACACCAUGUCUUUUAUGCUCAAGGCUAGAUCAUAUUCUGGGCAAUGAGAAACCAGAUUUUUAUUGGGAUUUAAUUUGCAAGGCCCAUAAAUCAGAAAUCUCCUCGUUGGCUUUUUGUCAUGUUCACCAAAAGCUUGCUAAUCUCCAUGAUAUGUGCGAAGGCUGCCUCCUCACAUCUGCCAUGGAGAAAUCUAUCCCUGAGACAUACGGAACACUGGUGGAUAAUCUUGGGGUGGCUCUUGAUGGUAGCGAAGACAUUGAUCUGAAAUUUCCUGGAGUUAUCAAUGGCAGUGGUCUGCAGGAUGGACUUCAUGGAGAUGAUGCGGUUAAAGUCCCUUUACUGAAGAAGGAUCCUGUGUCAUUCAUGAGGACUUGUUCUUGCUGUUCUAAGCUUUUCAGAAAUAAACCACAUGCUGUCAGUUUGAUUCAAAAGAAAUCCACUGGAGUUGACUCUGCUGAAUUUGGCAUUUCUUUGUCAAAUUCCAUAGAACACAAUGGUCUCCAUCAUCAAGAUGAUCUGAGUAAGACAAGAGAGAAGUCUUUGGGGCCAACAGCAGCAUAUCAUUUGGGGAAUCCACGCUUUGAUCGUCUAUUGCACAUUGGAUACAGUGAACUUAAGGUUAACUCUGACUCAGAGUCAGAAGUCUCAUCCUCAGAUGAUGAAGAUGGAAAUACACUGGUUCAUGGAGCUGAGGAACUUGAGCAACAUUUUGACCCUCGAUCUCCACAACCAGAACCUGCCACCAUUAUCUCCAACAGUUUAUCUACCACUAUUUCAGAUGAUGCAACUGUAGAAAAGUUGAUUCAUCCUGCUCCUGUCAUGCAUGAGCCUUCUGAUUCAAUUCCUGAGAAGAAACUCCAUGUAGGUGAGUCUCAUGAUAUGCCAUCUUUGGCAUCUUCUAUUGCUGCUGAACAUGGUCUGGAGGAAUUGGACUAUAGCCGAGUUGACAUGAAUGCUGGUCCUCCAUUACCCAAAAUCACAUCUCAAGACUCUCAACUAGUUCCUUCUGAAGUUCCAAAUGUGAAAGCAGAAGUUUUGGAAAGUCAUGAUGAUGUGCACAUUUCUACUACUUCCUGUGAAGAAGUUUCCAAGGAUUUUAGUUCAGCUGAGAUAAAUUUGAACACAAACCAAAUUAUGAGUGACCCUGGUUCAUCUGUGAACACUCAUAUGGAUCUUAAUGAUGCUUACAAGCUUGCUGUUGGCAAUAAGGGCAACUUGACGUCUUCCAACUUUACAGAAGUAAUUACAGGGAGGGAUUCUUCUAAAGUUCAUGAAGAUCUGAAAUUACUCAUAACACAGAUAUCUGCUGCUAAGGGGCUCGAGACCCGAUGGAGUGAUAUGAGUCCUAGUCCCAGGGUAUAUGGACAAUGUGAUGAACCUGUGUUGCAGAACAUCACUAAAAGGCUGUCUAUUGACAGAAAUGAAUCAGGUUUGGAGUCACUAGAUGGAAGUAUUAUUAGUGAAGUAGAAGGAGAAAGCACAGUUGAUCGACUGAAGCGGCAGAUUGAGUUGGAUAGGAAGUCCAUAAGCCUUUUAUACAAGGAGCUAGAAGAGGAAAGAAAUGCUUCAGCCAUUGCAGCAAAUCAAGCAAUGGCUAUGAUUACUAGGUUGCAGGAGGAGAAGGCAGCUAUGCAGAUGGAGGCAUUACAGUACCAGAGAAUGAUGGAAGAGCAAGCUGAGUAUGACCAAGAAGCACUUCAAAAAUCCAAUGAGGUGCUUGCUCAAAGGGAGAAAGAAAUACAAGAUCUAGAAGAAGAGUUUGAAAUAUAUAAGAAGCGUUUUAGAGAUGGAUCAUUAGCAGAGAGAAUGCCAGAAAAGUUUGACGACUUAGUGUCAAGAGAGAACAAUCCCACCAGCACAACUCUUGAAAAGGAGUCUGGUGCCUCCAGAUGGGGUGGAUCAGGUCCUUUGAAGGUUCCUUUGUUAGAUUUUGAAGAUGAGAAGGAGUACAUUUCUGAUUGUUUGACGAAGUUGGAGAAAAAGCUCCAUCUUUUCUCCAAUAAUGGGGUUUACGUUGAUCUUUCAAGAUUUGAUGCAAAGGAAGACGGAUAUUCUGAUAAAAGAUGUGAGGAUGCUCAUAGACAAAACCCCGAACAGAGAAAUGCAGUUUUAGAUCAUGAUGUUAAAAAUGGCCAAUAUUUGGAGGAGGCACCGGGGUGUAAUGAUUUGGAACAUCCACACUGGAAUAAUUUGUCUCCAGAAAAUAGUCAAUCAGGAGGGAGUGUUUUGUCAGGGAAAAAGAAACCAUCAAAAUCCAAAUCAAGCUCCCUUUUGUCAUCCCAAGGGGUUCAAUAUACCACCCAACAGAACGGUGAAUAUGGUUCUGACGGUGAUGGGCAGUACCUCUCCAUGGUUGAUAAAGAGAGUGAUCUAACUACCCUUGAAAAUGAAAUUUCACAUCUGGCUGAGAGGUUGGAGGCACUUGAAGCAGAUCGUACUUUUCUUGAACACACCAUCAACUCACUUAGAAAUGGAGAUGAUGGAGUACAGUUUGUUCAGGAGAUAGCUUGCCAUCUACGGGAUUUACGGAGAAUUGGGAUCACACGAAGAGAGCAUACGUCAAGUUGAGCUCACAUGGUCUUGCCUAUGAGAUGUCAGCUAGAUAUGAACAGUGGAUUUCGAUUCCAAUAGCAAGGACAACAAUUGGAUUUGAUUAUUUGGGAUAAGGUAGACAUCUUUGGUGCUGCACUAUUGGGAUUACUAGGAAUGGAGCAUCCACAUAACAUUGUACAGUAUUAUCAGUUUGAGUACUCUCAAAUGUGGGCUAAUGUUUCCAGUGAUUUUUCCUCCUUUUAUCUUUGUUUAUUUUUUACUCCUACAUUUCUUGGCUUUGCAAUUUUCUUGAAUUCGUAUUUCCUUCUGUUAGCCUGAUUGCUUCUAGACUUGGUUUUCUUGAUUGGUUUUUGAGAUAUGAGUGGCCAAUUGUAAAAGCACCGACUUCUGUGUGUAACAGCAAUAUUGUGUGUAUUAGGACAAUUGGGUUAACAGCCCAUCUGCUGACUUUUGUAUAUUGAUUUAUGCUUGCUUGCUUCAGCAGUUCUAGCUAUGAAAGUUGGGCAUUUAUAACUUAAAGUUUA